AUGGCCCAACCAGACGCAAUGGCUACCGGCGAUGAUGUUAUCAACUCUUACCACCUUCCGCGGCCGCUUCCGCUGUGGCUCAACUCCAACUGCGCAAAGCACAUCGUCAAGGGAAACUUUAUGACCCUGAGCGCGCGGCCAAAGACAGUUGAGCAAGGAGAGUGGCUAGCUCAUCAGGUUGUCGAGCACUAUCGUAACCUUUGGAAUUUCGUCCAGGUAGUUCACGCAAAGGAGGAGACGGGGAACACCAUCUGCAAUCCGACUUCUUGUCCUCGAAUGUCUGCUGGAGCAAACCACUCUUUCACUUGGCUCAAUAGCCGACGUGAGCCAGUCGAAUUACCGGCUCAUGAAUACAUGACCCUUAUGCAGCGAUGGAUCGCCGGAAAGGUGGAUGAUACCGCCAUCUUUCCAACUGAUCCUGCGGGCGUCUCUUAUUCUCACAACCCCGCCAUGUCUUCAACUCCGCUGUCUCAGCUUGCCGGAGAGAGCGACUGGAUUGGCAAGCGAUCUGGAUUCCCAGAAAAGUUCCUUGACAUUUGCCAGAUGAUAUUCCGCCAAAUGUUCCGAGUGUAUGCUCAUCUCUACUGGGCACACUUUUCAGAACCUUACUACCACCUCAACUUGGAGAAGCAGUUGAACAGCUGCUUCUCACACUUUCUGCUAACGGCCACGGCGCUGGAUAUGCUGGGCAAGCAGGACCUGGAGCCGAUGCAGCCUCUGAUCGACCUCUGGGCGGCCAAUGGGACGUUCCCUCCAGAGUCCAAGGUUUAUGAGUUUGCCAACCUUCAAGCUGGCGAGCGAUUGAUUCAACUUGCAGGCGUUGUUUAA